UGGAUGUUGGCGAUACUGACGUGCUUGACAGAUUGUGGUUAUAUGCAGCUAUCAUCCGAUAUGUAAACAAAAUUGUUUAUGUGGUAACGGCAUGAAAACGACGUAAACGUGAAACGAAAAUUAUGUGGUAAAGAGACAUCAAUCGAAUAUUCCGAAACGUGCUUUCUUUCGUCGAAAUGUAAAUUGUAAAUGUAGUAAAGCGACAAUAUUAGCAGAGACCGUUUUUUGUCAGAAAGAUGAAAGUGACGACGUUAAAGGGUAUUUUUCCCGACCCCAAGCCAAUCAGAAGGAAGAAUUUCAUUCAGGAGAAUGUGAAAAAUCUUCGGCGAAUGGAACAAUGCUUUCAAGCAAAUAAAGAGGUAGAAGAGCUGCAAAAAUUACAGCUGCAUAAACAUCAUAAGAGUACAGAUAAGUACCAAAAUGUACCUGCAAAAGUGGUUACUAGUUUCCGAGAGAAGAAGAAACAUGAAAGUGAUAAUAUAGAUUCAGUGUCAACUGACAAAGUGGAAAUUGACAAACAAGCUCAGAAUGGGACCAAUGUAUUUGAAUCUGAUAAAAAGCAUGCUGCUCCUAGUAAAAAAGUUGUUAGGUCAAGUAUGAACAAUAAUAUAUCAAGUAGACAAAUGAAAACUAGCAAACACAAGAGUCCACAAAAACUGCAGUCAAAGGUUUUGUCUGAACCAGAUGUUUUGUAUAAAUCUAAUAAUGCAAAUGGUUUGGAUGUGGAAAGCACUGUCAAAUAUAGAAGUCAAGGGAUACAAACCUUAGAUACUGAUCAAAUGGAAAAUAUAUACUCCGAAGGUAUUAUUCGAUAUCCAUCUAAGAAAGUUACAAAUGCGAAGCAUGAUGAAAUAGCAAGCAAUGGCGAUUUAAAUAAGCAAGAAGACAAAAUCACGAAAAAACAAUUCGAUUCUCCUGCAGAUAGAGGCGACAUGCAUAGUCCAGAAGAUUUACAGAAGACUGAUUUACGAAAUUCUGUGUCACUAGCAUCCAGAGAAGAGAUUAAUUUUAUCAAAUUAAAUAAAGAACGCACUUCUGUUGCUAAUAAGCUGAUGACGCAACUUAACAACGGUGUACCACCUCCAAAUUAUCGCAAGGGAGUUGUGCCUAAAUAUCUUCGAGAUAGGAAGGAAGCACAAGAAAAAGAGCAGAAGGCCAAAGCGGAAGCAUUGCAUUCUGACUGUCCAGAGGGUCAUGUACCCUUACCUGAUCACGAGCGUAAGGAGACACUACGACUAUUAAAAAAAAAUUAUCAAGAUUACGUCAACGAAUUAAAUAUGAUGCCUAUAAAAACGGAUACCCUCAGAGCACAGAAGCGCAAGGUCGAAAUAGAAAAGCAAUUGAAUAAACUAGAAGAGGGAAUCAAAGUAUUUUCACGUCCAAAAGUAUAUGUGAAGAUAAAUGCAUAAAUUGCAUUGCUUCAAUCAGAA